AUUUGGAGUCUGGGCCUGGCUGUUGCUCAGGUGACCAGCUUGUGUCUCUGGGAGGGCGCUGCUUUCCCCGGCCACCCGGCACGGCACGAUGAUCCAGAAUGUCGGAAAUCACCUGCGACGGGGCUUGGCCUCUGUGUUCUCCAGCCGCACAUCCCGCAAGUCAGCCUUACGUGCAGGGAACGACGGUGCCAUGGCAGAUGGCGAGGGAUACCGGAACCCCACGGAGGUGCAGAUGAGCCAGCUGGUGCUGCCCUGCCACACCAACCAACGCGGCGAGCUGAGCGUCGGGCAGCUGCUCAAGUGGAUUGACACCACGGCCUGCCUGUCUGCGGAGAGGCACGCUGGCUGCCCCUGUGUCACAGCUUCCAUGGAUGACAUCUAUUUUGAGCACACCAUUAGUGUUGGACAAGUGGUGAAUAUCAAGGCCAAGGUGAACCGGGCCUUCAACUCCAGCAUGGAGGUGGGCAUCCAGGUGGCCUCGGAGGACCUGUGCUCUGAGAAGCAGUGGAAUGUGUGCAAGGCCUUGGCCACCUUCGUGGCCCACCGAGAGAUCACCAAGGUGAAGCUGAAGCAGAUCACGCCGCGGACAGAGGAGGAGAAGAUGGAGCACAGCGUGGCGGCUGAGCGCCGGCGCAUGCGCCUUGUCUAUGCGGACACCAUCAAGGACCUCCUGGCCAACUGCGUCAUUCAGGACGAUCUGGAGAACAGAGACUGUAGCCUCAUGGUGCCGGCUGAGAAGACCCGUGUGGAGAGUGUGGAGCUGGUCCUGCCUCCCCACGCCAAUCACCAGGGCAACACCUUUGGGGGCCAGAUCAUGGCCUGGAUGGAGAAUGUGGCCACCAUUGCAGCCAGCCGGCUCUGCCGUGCCCACCCUACGCUGAAGGCCAUUGAGAUGUUCCACUUCCGAGGCCCGUCCCAGGUCGGCGACCGUCUGGUGCUCAAAGCCAUCGUGAACAAUGCCUUCAAACAUAGCAUGGAGGUGGGCGUGUGCGUGGAGGCCUAUCGCCAGGAGGCUGAGACCCACCGGCGCCACAUCAACAGUGCCUUUAUGACCUUUGUGGUCUUGGACGCAGAUGACCAGCCCCAGUUGCUGCCCUGGAUUCGGCCCCAGCCUGGGGAUGGCGAGCGGCGGUACCGAGAGGCCAGUGCCAGAAAGAAGAUCCGCCUGGACAGGAAGUACAUCGUGUCUUGUAAGCAGACAGAGGUGCCCCUCUCCGUCCCCUGGGACCCUAGCAACCAGGUGUACCUGAGCUACAAUAACGUCUCCUCCCUGAAGAUGCUUGUGGCCAAGGACAACUGGGUGCUGUCCUCGGAGAUCAGUCAGGUCCGCCUGUACACUCUGGAGGAUGACAAGUUUCUCUCCUUCCACAUGGAGAUGAUGGUGCAUGUGGAUGCAGCCCAGGCCUUCCUGCUGCUCUCAGACCUGCGUCGGAGGCCAGAGUGGGACAAGCACUACCGGAGCGUGGAGCUAGUGCAGCAGGUAGACGAGGACGACGCCAUCUACCACGUCACCAGCCCUGCCCUCGGAGGUCACACAAAGCCCCAGGACUUCGUGAUCCUGGCCUCGAGGCGGAAGCCUUGUGACAAUGGGGACCCCUAUGUCAUCGCGCUGAGGUCAGUCACGCUGCCCACACACCGAGAGACGCCAGACUACAGACGCGGAGAGACCCUCUGCUCAGGCUUCUGCUUCUGGCGCGAGGGGGACCAGCUGACCAAGGUGUCCUACUACAACCAGGCCACCCCAGGUGUUCUCAACUAUGUGACCACCAACGUGGCCGGCCUCUCCUCUGAGUUCUACACCACCUUCAAGGCUUGCGAGCAGUUUCUCUUGGACAACCGGAAUGAUCUGGCCCCCAGCCUCCAGACCCUCUAGAUGCCCUCAGUGGCCACAUCAUGCCCACUCCCACUCCAUCCUGUCCCCAAGGACUCACAUACAGUGCCUGGAGAAAGCCAAAGACCUUUACUUCUUCCUGUCUCCCCAUGGGAAGCCUCCGCCCUGAGGUCCACUGGCCCACCACCCCUGGGUGCUCAGUUUCUGCCAACAUCGGCCAGCAAGUCCUUGCGGUACCCCUGGGGCAGCCUGUAGUAGACUCGGGUCCUGUCCACAGCCCUAGCUGCCAGCAGUGCUGUCCUCACACAGGCAUAGUCGCCCCCAGCUGGGUUGUACUCCACUGUGACGGUGGCCCGGGGGGAGGAUGCCAGCAGCCUGGCUAUGGCUCCAGCUGUGCUGUGGCCCAACAGCAUGGCCUGCAUCUGGAAGGACACAGGUUGCCAGAGCCCCUGGCACAACUCCAGCAUAUCUGUGAGCAGCUGUUCCCUGUAGCCACUGCCCAGCACCUCCUCAGGCCAGCCUGGUGCCACAGUCACGUGGGGGAAGACCUCAGUCACAGCUGUAAGCAGCUCUCUGCCAGCCACAUGGCCAGGGACCGAAAAACUCCCAUGGGAGAUUUUGGCCCCAACCCACACAGGCCAAUGCAAGAGGCCAAGGCUGGAGAGGCGUGCCAGCAAGGCCAGGGAAGGCCGGAGGGCUGUGGGCUCCACUAUUUGCAAAUGGAUGCCCCAGUGUCCAGGAUGUGUGGCCAGCUGCUGCAGGCAAGACUCCAGCGUCAGGAUGCUUCCACUCGGAGUAUGAACAAUGGGCACGGGGUUUUCAGCCACAGUUCCCUCGAGGCCAGUGUUCAACAGGAUCAUGCCUUCUGUGGCUGGAAGAGGCGGCAGAGGCAACAGUGUUUAGGAUUUGGGUUAUCAUAAGGUGUUAGAGUCCCUUGUUAAACGGGCAGUGGCAGUUAUGGGGUCAUCAAGGACCUUGCCUCUCUGGAAUCUGUCAACCCAGUUUUGGGCUCCAGGUGAAUGGGUUGCUUUAUAAAUGUGCCUGGUGCAUGAGAAACUCUUGUUUCAGCUCUUGGCCUUUACCCAUGACUCAGCCUGGGGGCCGGCGCCAGCCUUGCCUGCAGCAGUGUGGCUGAGGACUGGUCUGAAGGCCAGGGGCCCUGUGCUCUUGACAUCACUGUACUCCCUCUCCCUCUCCCGCAACCCUGCCCCACACUGCAUCCAGGGUAUGGUGUAAAUAAACCCGUGCUGCCAUGGCAA